GCAACCUAUUGUAUUUUAUUCCUUACAUUUUUUUUUCAACGUGACGACUUUUUACCUAAGACUUAAAUUAUUAAAAUUAUGGAACAUCUAGGAAACGAAAAGUGAACCACUUGUAAUACGUGGGACAUAUGAUCUACUCACAGAAAGCUACCAGUGCUUGACAAUGACACAGAAAUCUUUAGAAUCCUUACCCAUUGAUAUUCAUUAUAAUAAAUUAUUAGAUUGGCUGGUGAAUAGACGUCAUUGCACACAGCAAUGCCAAGCCAUUCUGACUGUGAUCAGGGAUAAAGUUUCUAAAGCUAAGGAAAGUUCAUUGGCAGAGGAAUCAAACAACCAGCAAAUUCAAGAGCUUCUUGCCUUACCUCAGCUGAACUAUUUUCAUGUAAAGCAAGUUUUUGAAAGCUUGAAGUCGACAGACACAGGCAAAAAAAAUUAUAUUGGACAGUAUGCCUCUCAAAGCAUGAAGAAUUGGGCAGAUAUAAUAAAGUUGUAUGAAAAAGAUGGCACUUACCUGGCUGAAGCUGCUUUGUUGAUUACCCGUAAUGUGAACUAUGAGGUACCAGCUGUGAAGAAACAGAUCAGUAAAUGCCAGCAAACUCAGAAGGAAUGUGCCAGAAAAGAAAAAGAAUAUGCAGCUAAUUCUGCAGAUUUGCGCAAGCAAUAUGCUGCUUCUUGCAAACAGUUGGGGAUUGAGGGUGAGAAAAUCAAAACUGAAUUGGCAAGUCUUGUCAAGGAUCUUCCAUCUGAACUGAGCAAGUUUGCUGAGUCAGCCAAGUCCUUGAAUGAUGCGGUACAGUACUAUGACAAGUUUACCAAGUUUGUUACAAACAAUAAUGAUGCUAUAAACGUACCACUGUUAAAGCAUAUUCUGAGCAAGGGAAAUACCACCACUUAUGAAUGGAGAAUUGGGAAAGCCCCUAAGCAAAUAGAUCAGCAGGAUAUCUCUAUUGAUCUAGCUGAUGAACAAGAUGCUGGUGCUAAUGGUGCUGAUGGAGCCAUUGACUGGAGUGCAGUUGAUGAAGACAGUGCUAUUGAUUUUGGGGAUGCUGUAAAUUUUGAUCUAGGGGACAUCACUGUGGAGAGUGGGGGUGUGUUGGCUGUUGAUGGAGAGGUUGUUUUAGAAAACCCUGACAUUGAUGCCAUUGACUGGGGAGCUGUAGAGGACCUGCCCUCAGCAGCGGCAGGACAGCAGACUGAUGAUUCUGGCACCGCCACUGGGAAGAAUGCUCUCAGCAUCAUUGAUAACCCUGAGACUAGGAAUAACUUUAUCGAUGAUCUCCUAGAGCUUAAAGCAUUUUUAACUCAGAGAGUCAAUGAGUUGUCUCAUGAUGCCAGUGACAGUCACAUGUUAUCUGCCCCUAGUGACAUUCACCUUGGCCAGAAUGAGGUUACCAACAUGUUGACCAAGGUUAAGGACAUCUUAGACAAGUUGACCUCAGUCCAGAUGCAGCACCUUAUGUUGAUAAGAGACUCCCCAAGAUAUGUUGACCGCUUGCGUGACUCCCUAAGACAAAAACUCCUGCUGGCAGACAAGAUGUUACAGAGUGAGAAAGAGAUGGCCGGGACCAGAAUUGAGGCAGUUAAUGAAGAGAAAGACUUGGAGCCUCAGUUGGAACUUUUAAGAAAACAAACCAAAGUCCUUAAAAAACAGCUUGAAGAUGAAAUAUCAAAGAAAUAUACAGACAGGAAAGUGAAUAUUAUUGGAGAAAUCAACACAAUAUGAGUUUAACUGGUCAAAUGAUGUUUUAAAAAAUGUGGAGUAUGAGAGAUGUAACUAUUCAGUCACAAGGCAUUUUGAAAGUGCGCUGGCAAGAAUUAUUCAGGUGCUGGCUAACCUUGCUACAUUGUUGUAUUUAUGUCUUAACAUUUUAUAUUUCAUUGUUUUCUUAGUCUUUAACAUAUGACGAGGAGAACAAGAGCAAUCUACUUCUGAAUUAAAUGAAGUAAUUAUUGAUCCAUGCAAGAGUUGAUUUCUCUUGGGGCAACAUAUUUGUGAACAACUACAAUAAGAAAUCUUUUGGAUCUUGGAAUCCAACCUCAAAUUUUAAAAAACAGAAUCCAAAAA